GCAUCAGCUGAUUAGAUCAGUCAGUGGUGGUGAUAUAUAUUAUAUAUAUAUAUCGGUAAUCACAGUGGCAUCAUCGAAAUUAGAAUUUUAGUUGUCAGUUAGUAUACAGUGCGAAAAAUAUUGAAAGAUUGCGUAGAAAAUAUAAAAAUUUAAGUACCAAAGUACCAAGAUGUUUCCGGCUUACGCACAUUUGUCAGCUUACGACAGACACAAGAAACUCAUAAACGAUUAUAUGACACUUUAUGGAAAAUCUACGUCGUUAUUGAAACGGGAUACGUCUCGGGACAAAACUGACUAUGAUGUUAUCAGAGAGAAUCACAAGUUUCUCUGGGACCAGGAAAAGGAUAUUCCAGACACAUGGGGUGCAAAAUUAGCUAAAAAAUAUUAUGAUAAAUUAUUCAAGGAAUAUUGCAUAUGCGAUCUCACAUAUUACAAACAUAAUAAGGUCGCUAUGAGAUGGAGAACUGAGAAGGAAGUAAUAACUGGAAAAGGACAAUUUGAAUGUGGUAGUAAAACGUGCAAUAACAAGGAAGAUUUGCGUUCCUGGGAACUUAAUUUUGGCUAUGUAGAACAUGGUGAAAAAAAGAACGCUUUAGUAAAAUUAAGGCUUUGUCCAGAAUGUUCGAUAAAACUUAAUUAUGGAUCUCAAAAACGUGAGGUGAAAAGGAAAAAAUCUUUGAAACGUUUGGGUACAAAUCUAGAAAGUAGUAGUGCUACGUCUGUUACACCCGAUAAUCGAGAAUCGGAGCAUAAAGCAGAGACAGAUCCUAGUUCAGUUGAAGCACAAAAUAAUACCGAAAACACUGAUACUGAUGAAUCAAAUAUUUGGAAAGAAAAGCCAACAGAAGACAUGGAAAAGACGAGAGAAAAAGAAUUUGAAAAGUAUUUGGAAGAUUUGUUCAUGUGAAUAUAAGGUUUUUUAAUUAUGUGAUUUUAUUGUAAAUGAAUAUCGAGGAAAAGUUUGUUAGAUUUGCGAUUUCUUGCUUGUAUGUAUAGCUAUCAGCAACAUAAAUAUAUUAUCAUUAAUUGUAAAA